ACGCGUGUCUGCCACAGGGGGGUAGGGGCUUCUCCAAUUUACCGGCGUCUCAGACAGUUCUGUGUCAGUAGCCAUAGGAUAUAGGCUGCCACCAUGGACGACCAGGGAUAUUAUAGUAAUAAUAGAAUCAAUUUGACCAAUUCAGGAGUUAAUCGGAGAACAAAUAAGCAGUCUGGAAAUAAUGCAUGGCAAGAGCCCGGGGAUUCCAAUCCUGAUGUCAAUGUUAACGCACCUGUUAACGCGAACACCGACCCACAAACACAGCAGGAUCCAACUCAGCCUCGAUAUUCAGAUGGGUUCACCAUGAUACCACCCAUUGAAUCACGAAGGAGUAAACUACAAAUGAUGGCUCAGAAAGAAGAGGAGGAUUUACAGAGAUGGAAGGAAGCAAACAGACCUGGUCCUGUCCAGCUGGCCCCAGAGAGGCUAGGUGGUGCUGUGUCAUUGGCUGAGGCCAGAGAGAGGCAGCUGUUCGAGUUACGCCGAUCUAAACUGCAGAAACAGCUGAGAAAAGAGGAGAUGGACCGGCAACGGAAACAGGCUGAGGAAGAGGAGAAUGACAGGAUGAAGGCUAAACAGCGGGAUAAGGCUGAGAGACUGGAGGAGAGGAGAGAACAGGAGGAGAGGCAGAGGAGAGAAGUUCUCCAACAGGACCACCUCAGGAAGACAAAGCAGUUCCUUCAGAGGGUGGAGAGGUCAGAUGCAGCUCCAUUGGCAGUGACUAGUGCCUCACACACAUCACCCUGGGCCAGAGCCCAGGAAUACAGGUCAGAGAGGAGAGAGGAGGAGAACACCGCUCUACAGCUGAAGAAGGAGGAACAGAGGAUGAAGAGUGAGGUUUUGGAGGAGAAAGAGAGUAAUCAAGAGGAGGAGAGGAUGAGAGAAUUGAGAAGGGGGAGAUCAGCUUUCCUCGACCGACUGCAGGGUGGGGGCACAGAGGUUGCAGGGGGGCAGAAUGAGCUACAGCGCCCCCCUGUGGCUUUGGGGGAGGACAGGAGUGGCUGGCAGACCCAUAGCCAGACCUCCCGACCACAAGACACCUUUACAUCCCCGGAGCCUGACCCAACACACAGCACCUCAGAGUGGCGAGAGGAGACCAAUGACCCAGCAGAGAGCGUCAUGGGAGUGUCCUCUCAGACUGCAGUGAACGGGCUUGGUCUGGGAUGAGACUGUCAUCCUUAUGUCUUGUCUGACUGUGUGUGUGUGUGUGUGUGUGUGUGUGUGUGUGUGUGUGUGUGUGUGUGUGUGUGUGUGUGUGUGUGUGUGUGUGUGUGUGUGUGUGUGUGUGUGCAUGUAUGUGUGUGGGAUUGGAUGAGGCUUUGGUGUUUAGAAUACAAAGCAGAGCUCUGUCAUCGUUUCUCAUUACAAGGAACAUUCAUCCAAAAUCAAAACGUUUCAUAACUCAUAAAGUGGUCUAAAGUCAAGUCUAAAUUCGACGGCAUCUGUUGCACAGAUCCAGCUGUAUACAGAAGAAAUAUACAGUUUUCAUUUAGGGUUUGAUAGGUCAGGAUAUGGUACCUCUGUCUCCAUACCCCAGCAUUUAGAUACAGAUGUAGGAUCUUAAUUUGAUCACUCUUUUGUUGCUGAAAAUGUUCCAACUGGAAAUGCAGAUGAGCUUCGUGAAUCACAUAAAUUCACUGAAAACCCACAUUAACACAUGGUUAUAUUAACAGUAUUGCACUUUUCAUGUAGCCUACUUUUGGCCGGCUAAUAGCCAAACCACCAAUCAAGCAACAUUAUGGACAAAGCGUUCAAAUCCUGUUGCUGCAGGAUUAUUUUGCUGUGACAAUAUACAUUUGAAAUUAAGAUCCUGCAUCUGUAUUCAGAACUAAAGGAUCAUACACUGUGUGUGGUAUAAAACUCCAUGAGAGCAGUUGUCUUGCUUUCCCAGGCUUGUCAAGAGACCGCAACAAAGGAUAACUUUGUUACCUAAUAUGACUGGAAAAAUCAUACAUGUGCAUAAAUGUAAAAUGUAACACUGAACUCUGUUUUUCUCUC